GGAGUCGUCAUUUGUGAAUCCUUGUUAAUGUAUUUGUAAUCAUCACGUACCGCAUUUCAAAUCCCUUCAUCUAAUGUUUUGUGAUUCAUUUGUAUCUAAUUUACUUGAAAGUUUGGUACUUGUAAAUUCCUCAUCAUCCAAAUGUAGCCUACAACGCGCCCAAUUAAAGAAAAAGCCCUUGUGUUAGCCAUCUGCCAUGUUCGAACUGAUUCUUACUGCACGAACUUCCUUUAGUGUCUCUCCUGUUGAAAGGUAGAGUGUUUUUGUAGUAUAGACUUGAAGUGUGUUUCUCUUAGGUGUAAAGUUGUUAUGCGCUUACAUGUGAAAAGCCUAACUGCCAUUUUGUUUCUCUAUGGUAUUAUUUAUGGGUGUUCUUCUAUUUCUCGAUUUAGACUACUGCAUAUUGUUAUGCAUCAUUUGUUGUUCCAAUUUGAGUUUGGAGAAUGAUUGGUUGGGUUCAAUAUAUGAGAUAGAGAUGUGAACUGAAGGCCUACAGAUGCUCCGGUUUGAAAAUGCGAUCAUGAGAUAGAGGCUCAAGGAAAAAAGGGUAGAGGAAGGCCUAGGAAGACUUGGAAAGAGACUUUAAGAAAAGACAGAUUACUUGGAGCUAACACAAGACUUGGCACAAAACCGAACACGAUGACAUUUUAGGAUUCAUACAACUAACCCCACUUAGUGGGAUAAGACUUUGUUGUAUCGAUUCUUACCAAGUUCAAGAGCAUUAUUUAAGAAAUAGAGUUUUGCUAUGGGUUACAUUUUGUAAAUUCGUUCACUUACUCGCCUUUCUAUUACAAGCAAUUCUCAUCUCAUAGGCAUUCGUAGAACCGAACAUUUAACUUUUAAUGCCAGAUGACACUGUAUGUUUCUUAAACUGUACAGUUAAAUGUUGUAUAUGAUGAUCACUACAGUUAGCAACAUUCAUCGUCCUCUAGUUUUAAUUUUCUUCGAAUCUGCUGCUCCUUGUAAAUGAUGCGACGGAUAUUAUUCAAUUGAUGGUUGUUGCAUAAACCUUAAAAGUUGUUUAAGUCUGCUAAUCUGUAUUUACACUUUGAUUUGCAGUUUUUCUUUUUGUUUUCAAUGCAAUUACUAGGAACAGCUUUAAUUAGAACUGUGUUUUGUUUUAAAACAGUUCUCAAACUACUUGUUUGCAGAGUUUUCUAAUGCCGAAAAGUUAACUUUAGCUCUCCAUCUAUGAAUGACCUUAAUGACACAGGAGGGAGCAAGAUUAGAAUUGCGAAGAUUAAGGGUCGUAGAAGCUGAAGAGCAGGAGCCGACCUCAAAGCAGUUAGCCAAGGCAAUGGGAAUGAAGACGAGAAGUAUAGAUAAGGUGCUUUGUAAGAAAAGAGAGUCACAAGAAAGGAUCAUCAGGAGCUACCGGGGACUCAUUAUCUCUGUUGCCAGCAGUUAUCAAGGCAAAGGACUAAGCUUUCAAGACCUCAUUCAGGAAGGAAGCGACGGGCUUGUUCAAGUGGCAGAGAAGUUUGAUCAUGAGCGAGGAUGGAAGUUAUCAACAUACGUCUACUGGUGGAUCAGGCAAGCUAUUAUCAGAGCCCUAGACAACAAGUCUAGAAUAAUCAGAUUACCAGUAAACAUGUGCGGUAUGAUGGCAAAAAUUACAAAAGCUAAAAAUUCCUUCAAUCAAAGAUUCCAGUGGCUGCCUACUCAUGAUGAAAUCGCUGAAGUGGUCAAUGUGCCUGCUGCAACUGUAAAGCUUGUUUGUGACAGGAGCAGACUGCCAAUUUCAUUUGCAGCUCAAACGGAGAUCAUGCAAGGGCCAGAGGAGAUGAUGCCGGAAAAGAUGCUUACAAAACAGCUAAUGAAGCAGGACGAGAAGAAGCUUCUGAAGACGCUGAGCGAUGAAGCAUAUGUAUUGAGAUUACACUUUGGACUCAAUGGUGAGACCCCUAAGUCCUUUGAGGAGAUAGGAAGAUUGUUAAAGUUUUAAAGGGAGAAGGUUCGACAGAUUAAUGGAAUUGCGUUAUCAAAGUUAAAGUAUACUAGCAUUUUCGACAAUCUAAAAUUGUAUAUUGUAUAAUUUUUCCUAUUGCUUGAUGAACAAAAUAUGAAGAUAGAGAAAUGUACAUAACAUAACAAGAAAAGAAGGGGGUUUCUUAUUGCAUCGGUAAUUCUUUUCCUGAACUCCCAGCAGGGUUAACAACUCUAUCAAAUGUUGGUGUUACAAGCAACAUCUAGCUAUGAACUUUGAACAUUAUUCUUGAUGGACGAUAGAAACCGCAUGUUUUCAACAAAAACGACAAUCUAGCCGGCUCACAUGAGACACCCCUGCAUGC